CAAGGUUAGAAGAAUGGUGGGCGGGGAGACGGCUGAUGAAGGGAGUUGUUGGGCGCAUGCGCACUGGCUGAGACUUGAGCCCCACGCGGCUGAUCCCUGGAUGGUUCGCUUGCAGCCCGGGCUCUUCUUAGUGCUGCUACUGCUGACAGUGUGUUCUGCCGCUGCUCAUUCUACUUGGGAGAUUGGCAGUGCUGCCGGGGACUGGCUGUUCUUUUAUUAUCAGACAGCAGCAUCUCUCCUCCUGUAGCUCAGGCUAAACAAUAGAGAGUAGUAGUAUAUGAUUGGCUGCAGUCCUUGCUCGCUGUGCCAUGGGUUAGAGAGAGAGAGAGAGAGCAGCGUUACUAUACCCGGCAAUGGGCUGCGGCCGGUGAUCUAUUGCCUCCUGCUGUGGGAUAAGAGCGAGGAGAGCCGCGGCGGCAGCAGCCCUGGGGGACCCGUGCGGGAGAGAUGAUCGCGGAGUUGCUGAGCAGCGCCCUGGGGCUCGUCCUGUAUCUCAACACCCUCGGCGCUGACUUCUGCUAUGAUGACAGCCGGGCCAUCAAGACUAAUCAGGAUCUUCUGCCAGAAACACCAUGGAACCACAUCUUCUUUAAUGACUUUUGGGGGACCGUGCUUACACACAGUGGGAGCCAUAAAUCCUAUCGCCCAUUAUGCACAUUGUCAUUUCGCCUUAACUACUUAUUUGGAGGUCUGGAUCCCUGGAGCUAUCAUCUUGUAAAUGUUUUAUUGCAUUCUGCAGCCACAGGCCUCUUCACCAACUUCUGCAAAGUACUUUUUGGAAGUGGAUGCUGGACUCUUAUUGCAGGCCUUUUGUUUGCUUCCCACCCGAUACAUACAGAAGCUGUUGCAGGAAUUGUUGGAAGGGCUGAUGUGGGUGCAGGAGUCUUCUUUCUGCUCUCCUUGCUGUGCUACAUGAAACAUUGCUCAACCCGAGGAUACUCACUCAGCAGCUGGUGUUGGAUUCUUUGUGCUGGAUUUUGGGCAGCUUGUAGCAUGCUGUGGAAGGAGCAGGGCGUCACUGUUUUAGCAGUUUCUGCUGUCUAUGAUAUAUUUGUUUUCCAUAAAUUAAAGAUUAAUCAAAUCUUUUCUCUUGUCCUUAAGAGGAAGAGCGUAUCUUUCUUCUUCAGCGUUGGACUGCUGUUUGCCUGGGGUGUUGUUCUAUUGGGUGCACGUUUUUACUGGAUGGGAAACACACCACCAAGCUUUUCAAACUCCGACAACCCAGCUGCAGACUGUGAAGUUCUACUUACACGUACCCUGACCUUCUUUUACUUGCCAACCAAAAACUUGUGGCUGCUUUUUUGUCCAGAUACUCUCAGCUUUGAUUGGUCUAUGGAUGCUGUGCCUCUAAUUAAAACCAUAACUGACUGGAGGAAUAUACACACUGUGGCCUUCUAUAUUUUACUUAUCCUACUUGCCUACUUAAGUCUGAAGGGUUCUGCAAUAAAGAGAGACUGCAAUGGGAAAGUAUUCAUGAAUGGCAAGCAGCAUACUAAUGGGCAUAGCUGCCAAUCGGAUUUAGAACACAAAAAUGCAGAGCAGAAGCCUGUGAUUGCCUCAAAACUUGAAAAUGGGGUAAAACACCAUGUCAGUCCUGAAAUGCAACUUCCUUCAACAGAGAAUAUCGUUGCUUUAGCUUUAUCUUUGUUAAUAGUACCCUUUGUGCCAGCCAGUAAUCUAUUUUUCUAUGUUGGCUUUGUUAUUGCAGAGCGUGUUCUAUAUAUACCCAGUAUGGGUUUCUGUUUACUUGUAACAGUGGGUGCAAGAGCCCUUUAUAUCAAGGCCCAAAAAAAUAUUCUCAAAAGCCUCCUUUUUUAUGCAACCGCUGCUUUAAUAGUUUUUUAUGGCCUCAAGACGGUCGUCCGAAAUGGGGACUGGAAGAAUGAAGAAAUGUUGUAUCGAUCUGGAAUUAAAGUGAAUCCAGCAAAAGCUUGGGGAAAUCUUGGGAAUGUUCUCAAGAGCCAGAGUAAGAUUGAUGAAGCUGAAAAUGCCUAUAGGAAUGCCUUGUACUAUCGUAGCAACAUGGCAGAUAUGUUGUAUAAUUUAGGCUUAUUGCUCCAAGAAAACAGCAAGUUUUCGGAGGCGUUGCAUUACUACAAGUUAGCAAUUGGUAGCAGACCUACCCUAGCAUCAGGAUAUUUGAACACAGGUAUUAUUUUAAUGAAUCAGGGAAAAACUGAAGAGGCUAAACGAACCUUCCUAAAGUGCUCUGAAAUCCCAGAUGAAAAUUUAAAAGAUCCCAAUGCCCAUAAGAGCUCUGUGACCAGCUGCCUUUAUAACUUGGGGAAACUGUACCAUGAGCAAGGACAGCAUGAGGAUGCCCUGAUUGUAUAUAAAGAAGCAAUACAAAAGAUGCCAAGGCAGUUUUCACCCCAAAGCUUAUACAACAUGAUGGGGGAAGCUUACAUGAGAUUGAACAUGGUCUCCGAGGCAGAACACUGGUAUAUUGAGUCACUGAAAUCAAAGCCUGACCACAUCCCAGCACAUCUUACUUAUGGCAAGUUGCUCACAUUAACGGGUAGAAAGAAUGAAGCUGAACGAUACUUCCUGAAGGCAAUUCAGCUGGAUCCCAACAAAGGCAACUGUUAUAUGCAUUAUGGGCAAUUUCUUCUAGAAGAAGGACGCCUUUUAGAAGCUGCAGAAAUGGCAAAGAAAGCAGCGGAACUUGACAUCUCGGAAUUUGAUGUAGUAUUCAAUGCAGCUCAUAUGCUCAGGCAAGCAAGUCUCAAUGAAGAAGCAGAGAAAUACUAUAAACUGGCAGCGGGGCUGAGACCGAAUUACCCUGCUGCCUUAAUGAAUCUUGGGGCCAUUCUUCAUCUCAAUGGCAAAUUAGAAGAGGCAGAAUCCAACUACCUCCGUGCUCUGCAGCUUAAACCAGAUGAUGCAAUCACACAGUCAAACCUCCGCAAGCUAUGGAACAUCAUGGAAAAACAAGGCCUCAAGACUUCCAAAACGUGACAUGAAACAGCUAGAGACUUUUGACUGACCGAUAGAUUAUGAAAUUAGACAUGCAGGAAUCAGAAAGUUAACAGCUGCAAGCUAUGUUUCCUAUAUGUGUCUGGAGAGUGUACUUGCUGCUAUGAGAGUGCUCUGCUUUUUUGGCAUAGUAGUUUGUUCCAUGUUAAAAAGGGAAAUGAUAAAGGGGAUAUAAAAUCUCCACAAGGGACUAGGAAGUGCUUGCAUUAGCCCAGAUAAAGAAAGGCACUUAAAGCAAGGUCUGUCUGUACACAGCACAACUGUACUGGAUGUGCACAUAUUUUGAGUAGACUGAAAUAGGAGUCUCUAAAAUUGUAAAGUGAGGUAUAAAGGAUAGAUGGCUUCCUAACUAUUGCUGAAAACAAUGUAUUUGUAUAAACUGGGCUGGACUGGAAAACAAACCUGCCUGUCGCCCAAGGGUUUGAACUAUACAAAUCUAUCAAAUAAUCAAAGGACUCAAAGUUAAAGUACUAGAUUUACAAAACUGUUGAAAUGUCAUUUAUUCUUAAAACCACGAUGAUCUCUUAAAUUAGUUUCAGGCCAGUGCUAUUACAGAUUGCAGCAUUUAAAAUACUGAAAAUCACAGUAGAAAAGAAAACGUAAAUACAAUGAGAUGUAUGAGUGGGGUGCAACUGGGUCCUCAGGUGGUAAAUUGGGACUUGUCUAUCAUGUUAUAGUAUAACUAUCAGCCUUGUUGGAUUAUUGGCCACACAGCUUUAGAUUCCUUAGUCUAUAUUUGUGAAAAGCUAAAAGAAGCUUAAAAGCACAUACUGUUUAAGGAUGAUCAUACAGAAAUAUGACACUGUGGGGGUUUUACUGACAGUUAGUUCCCUGCAGUAAAAUAUCACUUCCAGAGAUACCCCUGAGUACAACCAGCAACACAAACAAUGCACAUGGGGAGUUAUGUAAUAAAAGGCACUAAGUUUGUCCAGGAGCAGUAAACAAUCAGCAGGUACAGAGCUGUCAACCUCGCCCCUACUUUGAUUUUGGCCCUCUCCCCCUGGUCUCCAGUCAUCCUACUGUGUUCUCCCGAAUUUUAAGCAUUCUAGAGAUUUUUUUGUGCAGUUUCUUUUUGAAUUCCGGGCAUGCACGUGCAAGUAAGUAUUCAGGACCUCAUUUGGAGCUUGUGUGCAAGCCCAGGUAGAAAUCAGUGGCUUCAGGAGAACAAUUUGUGCAUGCGUGUGAUAUCAUUUCCGUAGGAUCGUCACACAUGACAUCACUUCCAGGUCUCUGAAAAUUUUUCAACGCCAUGCUGGGUCCCCCAAAUGUUAAUUCGACAAAGUUGACAGCGCUGCAGGUAGCCUUUACUGGUCACCUGUUUAAAAGCAAGCAUCUUAUUGAUUGCUAUGGGUUACUGCUACUGGGCAAACUUAGUGCAGAACAGUGUUUGGUAUAUUAUAUCUAAGAAAGACACAGAAGGACAGCUUUGGCUCUUUUUCCACUUAUGUUAAAACUGAACAUCUGCUCAUAGUUUAAAACACUUUUCUAUUUUUUUUAGUAAGGCCACAUUCCAUUUCCAAAUAUAAUUUGUAAUAAGUACUGGAAAGGAAUAAACAUUUAAAAUAAAAUAGCUCAAUAACAACAUACUCUAUAUAUUGAAUGUAGUCACUGAAGAAUCUGGAACUCAAGCCACAGAAGCUCUGUGUGUCAGAAGAAUCAGUAGCCCUGUGUCAUUAGAACACGUAUGAAUGUUUCUGUUAAGCAUUUCUUCACUAGGUAAAUGAACACGUUUUGGAUUUUAUACACAGUACUUCAGUUGGGUUCUAGGUGAAUACAGUACAUUAAUUGGCUUAUUUUACCUGCAAGUAUGGAAUCUUUGCACUUGCCCCGUGUUAAUAUUGUUGAUUUGGAAUAAUGCUUUGAUCACAUUAUCACAGUGAAAACAUAUAUAAUCAUAUAAUGAAUGCACAGACAAAACAUACAUAUGUGAUGCAAACGAGGGCAAGGUAUGAAGAUCUACUUUCUUUUCUUUUAUGCCUCACAAAUGAACACGGUGACUAUUAGAACAAUCCCACAGUGUGAUCUUUCGGGAGCCAUCUGCAAUAGCUCUGCUCAGCUGUUCUAACCAAUACUUGUGUGCACUGGUGAAACUAUUUCCUUUUUUGAUUCAGCCAAUGGAAUCUCAAAUGGUAGCGAUUUGCCAUCUUUUCGAUGAACCAUUUUGUAGUUUCUUUUGUAUUUGGUGCUAUGCACAGUAGUACAAGGCAUUACAGAGUUCACGAAUAAUACUAAAGUGGCAUAUCUACCUGUAUGUCUCUGAACAUAUAUACCAGGUCCAUAGUUUGUUUAUAUAGCAGCAUUCAGCAACAUCUGAAUUCAGUAGUUGAGUUUUAUGUUAUUAAAUUAUCUCCUAAACGGAAAUAUGGCCAGUGUAGAAAAGCUAACAUAUGAUCACAUAGUUUAUUAUUAGUACAAAAAAUGUUUUCUGUGGAUACAGCAAUAUGUACAGUGCAUGUGAGUUAAGGUGGCCAUAGAUGAACAGAUAUCGUACAAAACGAAUUUUCGUGCGAUAUUCGCCAACCAAAAUCGACUGAAGACUUGGAUAUGGGUCGGCUCGUCGAUCGGGCUGGACGGAAAAUUUUCAUCGGGUGUCUUUGAAGGCAUUUAAACAUUGGCCAUUAUUAGUGCUGAAUCGUCAGAUACAGUUAGAAUUCUAUUGUUUCUACCUGUAUAUCCGACGAUUCAGCUCAACACGUGUGUAUUGCAACGAACGAUCUUUCUUGGAAAGAUCUUUUCCAAGAAAGAUCGUAAUUGUUACGUCUAUGGCCACCUUUAGAGCUGCUGUUGCCUUUCUGUUGCAAAGAUAAUUCCCUAAAAUCUUAUUCCUCUUGUAGUCUCUUUCUAGAACGAUAUUCCUAGGCUUGGUAAAGAAGCACGUAAAUAUUUUCUUGCUCAGUUAUGCUUUUUGCAGGCCAUUACAUAUAUCAGUAUGCUGUAUAGGCUAGGAACAAAUCUGGGGUUCUGAUUUAGUUGCCUGUCCUUUGCUGCCUUCCAUUUUUUAAUCUAUUUAGUAUUAUUAAACUAAUGACAUUAUAUUGCACUCAGUGCCAGGUCAGCAGGUAAGGGUGCCUAAGGCAAGCCCCCUCCCUGUUGUCAUCUGCCCUGAUCACCCACCUAGUGGAAUCAGCUGGUGUCUAGUUCUGUCCUUAUUACAAUGCAGAGCGAGCAAGCAGAGUCAAUAAUACCUUUUGUAGAAAUUAUCCAAAUAUUAAAUCCAUACAUUCAGUUCUCUGUAUUUCCAGUAGAAAAUUAGAAUGAAUGAAUGAAUAAAAAGAGUAAUCACACUCCUUUACUGAAGUAAAUACAGUUAAUUAAAUGUGGUAAAUGGUCAUAUACCUUUGGAGUCUUAUAAGGCAUGAAUUUGUUAUGUUUGUUACUAGUUUAGAAGUUUAAUCUCAUGGAAAUAAGAAACUUAUUUAUAUAUAUUCAGUUAACAAUUGAUAUUCAUACAGUUGUGGUGUGUAUGGCAAACUGUUCAAGAUAUUGCAUAUAAGAUGACAUAGGAGACUUUAAUCUAUGUAUUAUAGAACGCCAGUAACUAAUCUUUCCCACAGGAACCAUAUCACUAUGCUAUAAGGGACAGGUGAUCACUUGUACUUCAGAUUUUGCUAAUCUACAUCUCCCAGCAUCAUCUAAUCAAGUGAUAUAGUGAAAGGAUUAGAGUUCUGCAUUACAUAUUGGACUUGUAAAGUAAAUUGAAAUGUAGUUUUCCUUAAAAUGAAUCCACGGUGGGAAUCAUUGCACAAUUUUAGUCUCUAUAUCGAUGCUAUGCUAACAGCUGUGGCUAAAGCCGCUGUUGGGAGCUGCAGCAAAGGAACAGCACUCGAAUCACAUUGAAAUCAGAUUUGUUCCAAUGAUAAUGUUACUUAAGCUUCAAAAAUUCCAUCCAGCAGAAGUUAUAGUUUGCACUGCCUUACAGAGCUAGCCAGUAAGGAUUAGCCUUAGGACUCAACGCAACUCAUGCAGAUAGGUAUUUAUUUAUUUUUUAGUACUUUUCCUUAUCCUUUCUUUUCCUGUGGAGUACAGUUUUAUUUUUUUGUGUUGCCAUCUGCAACUAUUCCACUUUGUGUUUUCAGAAAUGUUCACAGCAUGAAGGAAAUACAAUAAGCAGCUCCAGACACUAGACGAGGCAAAUUGUUAUGUGUAUCCCUAGCAAUUUCAUUUUGCAUUUGUCAUAAAACAUUUUGUUUUAAAUGAAUGAAUACACACUGUAUGUAUAUAUUUCGGUCUGUCAAAUCCCACUCUGCUUUAAGCUGAUUUUGGUGCUUCGGUAGUGAAAUAGAUUUCUUAGGAUUAUUUGACUUAGCUGCAUGCUUGCCCUGCUCUCUUUCUUUCCAAUGACUAAUUAUUGCUAUUUUAUCACUGUGUGAUAUUUAAUGCCAGUAUUUUUUAGAGAUUUAUUUUCUAGUAAUGUAGAGAAACUGAAAUAUUAAUUUCUAGACUUGUUUAAAUUGCUUUUUAUUUUUUUAUGUUUAAUAAGAAACUAUCGAAGACAAGGUUUUCAUACGCAGCAUUUUGUUUUUGCAUGUGGCUUUUCUCAGAAGAUAUUUGCACUAGAGUUUGGGCUGAUGUCUGUUUAUUAGUGAGCUUUAUCCCCCUCAAAACAUUAGAUAAUUCUUGAAAUUACAGAUGGAGCAGACCUUAUUGAGCAACACACAAUUUUCCCCUACAUAAAUGAAUGGUGACUUAGUACAGUAUCAAAGUCUGCUAUAUCUGUGCAUAUUGGGAUCUUUUUCUCCAAAGCACAAAGACAAAAAACAGCAGAACUAAUGGCCCUAGGAUGCUAUUGGACAAUUAAAUACAAAUUCCCACUGUCUGUAGACAACUGCUUGUAGGAACGAGGCAUCAAAUGCUGAGUAUUGCAAACAACCCUAUUCUAGAAAUUCUUUUGGUGUGCAUUUAUUGCACUAUUUGGCCAAAAGCAUUGCUUCAACUAUUUAUUGUCAGUAAAGGUGUGACGUUUCUUGUGUCCUAUCUUUAAUGCCAUAUAAUGAACAUUGUUCAUUGACAGGUAGAGUAUCUAUAAUCCAGAAUGUUAGGGACCUGGGAUUUUCUGGAUAAUGGAUUUUCUGUAAAUGUGGAUCUCCUUACCUAGACUAAGCAUUGAAUAAACCCAAUAUAAUUGUUUUGCCACCAAUAUGGAAUUCUGUAGUUUAAUCAAGAGCAAUAUAGUGUUGUCUUAUAAUUUUUAAAAAUUAGAAUUAGUUGCUUGAAAUGGACUCUGGGAAAUAGCCUUCCUGUAAUUUGGAGCUUUCUAAAUUACAGGUUUUUGUAUACGGGGUCCCAUAUUUGUAGUGUGAUUUCAUUUUCUGCUAGAAAACUCAUCCAAAAGCUUCUACCUAACCCAUCUUUGGUUUAUUAAUUCUAGCCAUUUAAGUUCAAUGACAACUCAGUGUUGCAGUCAGGUCAGGAUUUGUGAAAGGGCCACCAAGGCCCGGGCCUAGGGCAGAAGGAUUUUAGGGGGUCGCAUGCUGCCCAACCCCCUAUACCCACAUUGGUUCAGAAACACUGGAUGCUCAUGAGAGAAAAUAAUAUAUUUAAUUUCCUGUGUGCCGAUGAAAAAUUGCCCGGAUAAAAGGGAGGGGACAGGGAUGACAAACGUCAGCGGGCCUAGGGGUGCCUAUGUAAAUCUGGCCCUGGUUGCAGUUGAUAUUGUGACAUUAUGCACCUCAGUAGGAAAUUAUGAGCAGGGUAGUUUGCAAUACUUCGGUCCAUCUUCAGUACUUGCUGUGGGUAUUAACUUGGCUACAGGGUAUUUGCUAAAUUAAAAUUAUAAGCAUAAUGCAUUUUCAAUAUUUGUUAUUGUUAAGAAGACUCUUAUUAAAUCUUUAUUAUAUAAUGUGUCUUUAUUCAAAUUAUGUUAUUUACUGAUGAUAAAGGUCAGGACUUAAGUACCUAAGCACAAAUAUUUCAGAGCGCUCUGAUAAUUUGCUCCAGUUUUACAAAUGCAUGAGUUAGGGGACGUUUAGAGAAAAUUGUGUGCAUACUGGUUGACCAUUUAUUAAUGGCCAACCUGCAGCUCUUGUUGAACUAGAUGUUGCACUAAACAUCUAAAUAACAACUGAUUUGGCUAAAGAUGACUUAAGGCACUACAGAACAAUAAUAAGUUGAUAAGCCUAGAAACAUAAAUAAUGUAAUAUAUUUUUUUGUGUUCAUUAUGUUUACUCUAUGGUCAAUUUAGCAGAAAAAUUCUCAUUGCUGUCAGUCUGUGGCAUCAUGGAUCAUAAAAUUGCUGCUCAGCCGUGUUUCCAGUUAACUGUGAAAUGGUUUGACAUUCCCCAUUGGUUAGAACUGAACUGUCCAGAAAAAAAAAAUCUACUAGUUUAAACACAGCAAGAGCCAUUCCAGGCAACAGGGGUGCAUUAAUGCUGCUUCAAACUGUUCAAUUGAUUAGUGGUCCAGCUUGCAGUCUUUGUCCUUUCCCCAAAGUGCACAUCUGGUUUACUUCUUUAAAUAAGAGUUUUUGAUGAGAAAUACAAAUGAAAAAUACAUUAUAUUAUACUGUAUGAAUGUAUUACCUCUUAUAUUUUAAAAUCUAAGGGCAAAAUGGAAGAAAAGUCAUCAUUAACAGAAAAAUUCACAUUGAAAAAAUAUUUCCUUUGUGUGUUUAUAGAUGUUGUGAUGCUGCUUUAUAGUAUGAGGAGCUACAAGCGAAUAUUUGAGGCACUGAUCUUCACUACUUAAGGGCUGUGGUCACCUUGGACUGGGUCAGAAACCCAAAACAUAAUGUGCAGAAUUUCUAGCCUACUUUUUUUAAUAAGCAUUAGUUCUCCUUUAAAUACACAGUAUGUAAACCUACAUAUUUCACUAACUAGAAAGAAGACUAUGUAUUGCAGUCUGCCACAUUUUAUCCAUAAUUUUACCAAUCAUUUUUCUGUUUGUGAUAUUUAGUACAUACUGGGGGUCAUUUAUAAGAUAUGGGUUACUGCCCAGGUGUAAAUUUGCGCUGUGUUUAUGUAUGAGCCCCUCUGUGUCUCUUUCUACCUAGAGGUACUACUUAUUGGGGUUCACGUACAUUGUUCAGCAAAACAAAAAUCAGAGCAGAAACACGUUUUUCCCCAUAAUUUGUUGGUUUGUUGACUGCAGCGUCAUACAGACUUAUUGUAACUGGGAGGUACAUAUCACGCAUUUACUUCAUAGUGAUUCAGAGAUUCUAACAAUAGUUUGCUUUUAACGUUUAAUAUAAUUUAUACAACCAAGAUUACAAAUACAGGUCCUUAAUUGUAACCUUUUACAUUACAAAUAAAAUUGCUUUUUGUUUUUGAAUAUUUUAGAGAUAAAACAUUGCCUCUUAACCUCUACUUCAAUACUUUAACUUCUUUAUUGUUUUUAAUAAUGGCACAUUCGUUGUUAGUCAGUUCAGAGCUUACUGUAGCCAAAACUUGUUUUAAUCGUAAAUGUGCCUUUACAAAGUUUAAUUUAAAAAUACAUUUAAAAAAAAACUAUUGCCAAAACUAGAAAAUCUUUCCAUUGACAGAAGCAAGAUAUCAAAUAACUUAUUUUAGUUCUUAAUCCUUAUUUUUUAAGCCAUUUGUUUAUCACAUCGUUUUUGCAGAUUCUGUUGCUCUAGCAACUACUAAUUAAGUAACCACUUUUUUGAAAAGUGUCAGAACUAUAUUUUUCUACCAAACUAUUCAUUUUAAUAGCAGAGUAUUGGGGGCAUAAUUAGAAAGUUGUGUAAAAAAAAAAAAAUAGAUUUUGAAGUGUAAUUCCACACCCAAUGUAAAACCCCACAUUGUUAUAAAGCUGUAUAAAAAAAAAGGAAAAAAAGUAUAUACUAGACAUCAAAGCAGAUCUAAAACUAUAAAAAGUUGCUUGAAAUCUGGCAUGUAAUUAUAUCAAACUCUGUUUUUUUUAUGUCACUUUUGUUUUUUUCAGUAGAAUUUCAGUAAAA